AUGAAGCUCUGUGAAGCUCUCCUCCCCGGCAUUCUCUGUCUCUCCCCUCCAACAAGCUGCACGCCGUUGGCCGACGAUCAAAAGCACUGGGUCAUUGGGCAAACCGUCCGCACCCAAAGCGGCCCCGUCUCAGGGCAUGCCGCCUCCUCCGCCCAAAACGUAUCCACCUACCUCGGGAUCCCCUACGCCCAACCCCCCCUCGGGAAUCUGCGCUUUGCACCUCCAAAGCCCUAUCACAGCCAUCAACACAUCGACGGCUCUCAAUUCGGCCACUCCUGUCCCCAAGCCAACGUCUUCGGCGGCGCCACCCCGCCAGACACACAUGGCAAGAACCUUACCGCCUCCGGGCGCGCCGCCCUCGACGAUCUGCUGCAAGGCUAUCCCGGCUCGAGCGAAGACUGCCUCACGCUGAAUGUCUGGACGAAGCCACAGUUUGGGGAGCAGGGCAAGGCGGUGCUGCUCUGGAUUUACGGCGGGGGAGAUACCAUCGGGUCGUCCUCGAAUCCGAUUUACGAUGGCCAGUAUAUCGCGGACCAGGAAGACGUUAUUGUUGUGACUAUCAACUACCGCAUCAACAUCUUUGGCUUCCCCUCUGCCCCGGGCUACCCCACCAACCUCGGCCUGCUCGACCAACGCCUCGCCAUCGAAUGGGUGCAUUCCAACAUCCGCUCCUUCGGCGGCGACCCGUCCCGCAUCACCCUCUUCGGGCAAUCCGCGGGCGGCGGCGCCAUCGACCUCUACUCCUUUGCCUAUCCCUCGUCGCCCCUCGUCGCCGGUUUGAUCAUGCAAUCCGGAACCACCGGGCUCGGGGCCUUCACCGCGGAGACUGCUGCCGAAAGCUGGUAUACCGUCACCUCCACCCUCGGCUGCGGUGACAACACCACCUCCGCCGCGACCCAGAUGAAGUGUAUGCGCUCCAAAGACACCGCCGCCAUCACCGCCGCCAUCCCCCUCAUCAACCAGCCGUACGGCUCCGCCUUCUUCUGGCCCACCAUCGACGAGGUGACCGUCUUCUCCGACUACCCCGCCCGUCUCGCCGCCGGCACCUUCGCCAAACUGCCCCUGCUUAUCGGGAGCACCGACUACGAAGCGGGAUACCACCGGACGAUGGGCGCGGUCUUCAACCAGUACCUCCCCGACGCCGCCUGGGAGGGCUUCAACUUAUACACCUUCACGUGCCCCGCGGGCGCACGCGCCAACGCCAGCGUCGCCGCACACCAGCCGACGUAUCGCUACCGGUACUUUGGGGAUUUCCCGGAGCUGGCGCUCACCACCGAGCCGCCGAGCAGAGCGUACCACGCCAGUGAGGUGCUGCCUCUUUUCGAUACGGUGGCCGCCAUGUCGAAUGGAGCGGAGGUGGGAGGGGAUCUGGUGCGGAUGGGGAUUUAUCUCCGGGGCGCGUGGGGGAUGUUUGCGAGGGACCCGGCGGAGGGGUUGACGAAGUAUGGGUGGCCGCGGUACGGCCCGGAGCGCGAGACGCUGGUGAGGUUGGGGUGGAAGAAUGGGGUUGGCCCGAAUGUGGGGGCGCAGGGCCCGUAUGAUGUGGGGUGUCCUUGA